AUGCAUCUCUCAUACAUUUUGUUUGCCCCUUUACUGGGGACUCUUGCUGCAGCCCGCAGUAUUCCAAAUACGUAUCACCGGAACGCGGCUCGCAGUACGCCUUAUGCAGUGAAGCAAUCUCCGUUGGAUACUCCAUGGACAGAGGAUGUUGGGACUACCCCCUGGCCCGAGUAUCCCCGUCCGCAGCUGCAGCGGACGCAGUGGAAGAACCUCAAUGGUGUCUGGCAAUAUCAGAACGCAUCGAGUCAAGAUGCAGUGCAACAGCCACCAGCAGGGCAGACUCUUGCCAAUGAGGUUCUCGUGCCAUCGUGCUUGGAAAGUGCCCUAUCCGGUAUUCAAGGAAAGGACAUGUUCUACUCAUGGUAUUCGACCAAGUUCGACGUUCCCUCAUCGUGGAACGGCCAGCGCGUACUUCUGCAUUUCGGUGCAGUGGACUAUGAAGCCACCGUUUUUGUGAACGGAAAACAAGCUGGUUUCAAUCGAGGCGGCUAUUUCCACUUUGAAGUCGAUGUUACGGAUUACUUAACUUCCAAUGCGACAAAUGAAUUGCUGGUAUUUGUUCACGAUCCUACCGAUAGCGGCGACAGUGUCAUUCCGGUUGGAAAGCAGACCUUGAAUCCAAGCCACAUCUUCUAUACGCCUUGCAGCGGCAUUUGGCAGAGUGUGUGGCUCGAACCAACACCGUCGAACAACUGGAUUACGCAGCUUGACCUCGACGCUAAUAUGGAUGGCCAAGUCAACGUGACCGUCCACAGCGCCAAAGGAAACGCCACAUCUGUCGAGGUCACGGUAUAUGAUGGCGAUGAUGAAGUGGCCUCCCACACGGGACAAUCGGACCAGCCAUUCCUGUUUAAAGUGUCCGAACCCAAGCUGUGGUCCCCAGACUCGCCUAAUUUGUACAACGUCACCGUUCGGCUAGGAAACGAUCAAGUCCAGAGUUACACCGGAUUCCGAACCAUAUCCAAAGGAAAGGUUGACGGCAUUGUCCGACCCCUGCUUAACGGGGAAUUUGUCUUCAUGUUUGGUACGCUGGACCAAGGCUACUGGCCGGACGGCCUCUACACGCCGCCUUCCCGCGAAGCGAUGGUCUAUGACCUCAAGGUUCUGAAGGACCUCGGUUUCAACAUGGUCCGGAAACAUAUUAAAGUCGAGCCAGCUUUGUUCUAUCGGGCAUGUGACGAACUAGGCCUCCUGGUCAUCCAGGAUAUGCCUUCCAUGAGGCCGUUGCAAGAAAGGACCGACUCGAACUGCAAGAAGACCCGGAUAUUGGCGAACGACCCGCAGCAAACCGAAUUUAGGCGACAGUUGGAAGUCUUGAUCAACCAGUUCAAGAGUUACCCGAGUAUCUCUACUUGGGUUAUCUACAACGAAGGCUGGGGCCAGAUCACCAGCUACUAUCCCGAAUUUGAGUUGACAGAACGCGUGAGGUCUUUGGAUCCUACACGACUCAUCGACUCGACUUCCGGCUGGAUUGACCACGGUGCCGGUGACUUUAGCGACAAUCAUCACUACGCCAACCCACAAUGCGGAACACCAUUCUACUCCACAGACUCCAGCCCUUAUGACCCAAGCCGGAUCGGCUUCCAGGGCGAAUUCGGAGGCCUUGGUAACAACGUCACCAUUGAAAAUCUCUGGCACGACCAAGCAGCAAUCAAUACGAUUAAUCAGACCUAUGAGAUCGACACAACCGUCGAAGCAUGGAACUACCGUAGCCACGUCCUGCUCAGCGAACUGGAGGACCAAGUCCGUCGGUACGCAUGCAGCGGUGGUGUCUGGACACAGACGACCGACGUGGAGGGCGAAGUUAAUGGUUUGAUGACCUAUGACAGACGCAUUAAGCGAGUCGAUGAGGAGCAGUGGAAGGCCGAUAUUAAAGCCCUGUAUGAUGCAGCAGCUGCUCGUGGUGGUGCGUCCCAGAAGAAUUAA